GGGACGCGGUGAGCCGCGGCCGGAUGGAGCGGCGGGGGCGGCCCCGGCGGGACGGGACGGGAGGGGGAGCCCCGGCGGGCGGCAGAGGCACCCAGCGGCAGGUGUGAGGUGGUCUAGCCUGGCUCCUACUGUAGCCUGGCUCCCUGGUGUCUGAUGAUGAGUCUGACCCCCUCCAGGGGAUGCCUCCUCCUGGACCUGCCCUGGGAAGACAUCCUGGUUCCACAUAUUCUCUGUCAUCUGCCACUGCAACAGCUCCUGAGCCUGCAGAGGGUCAGCAAGUCAUUCCAGUCUCUCAUCCAGCUGUACCUGGCCAACAUGCGCUGCUUUGACUCAACCCAGAUCGGACCCGCCAUCCCUCGAGCCGCCUUCGUUAACCUGCUGAAGGACAACGCAGUACUUCAGCAGCUGGCCCUGCAGAGCUGCUCCGACUGGCUGACGGACCGGGAGCUGCUGCCGGUCAUCGGGCAGAACCACCACCUGCACCAGAUCCAGCUGAAGGGCUGCGCGCAGCUGAGCCGGCACGCGCUGGUGGCCAUCGCGCUGAGCUGCCCCGGCCUGCGCCGCCUCUCCCUGGCGCACUGCGAGUGGGUGGACAGCCUGGCCCUGCGCAGCCUGGCCGACCACUGCAAGGCGCUGGAGGCCCUGGACCUCACGGCGUGCCGCCAGCUGAAGGACGAGGCCAUCUGCUACCUGGCGCAGAAGUGUGGCAGGCUCAAGUCGCUGUCGCUGGCCGUCAACGCCAAUGUGGGCGACGUGGCGGUCGAGGAGAUUGCCAAGUGCUGCCCCGAGCUGGAGCACCUGGACCUCACGGGCUGUCUGCGGGUCAAGAAUGACUCCAUCAGAGUCCUGGCUGAGUACUGCCCCAAACUGCGCUCACUGAAGGUGAAGCAUUGCCACAACGUGGCCGAGUCCAGCCUGAGCAUCCUCCGCAGCCGCGGCGUGGAGCUGGACGUGGAGCCUCCGCUGCAGAGGGCUCUCGUUCUCCUGCAGGAUGUGGUUGGCUUUGCCCCUUUCAUCAACCUCCAGAUCUAGACCUGCUGCUGCUGGGGAGGGGGGGCUGUUGGGAUGGUGGGAGGCCACGGGGCCGGCUGCUGCUGAGACACGCAGAGGGAGAGGUCGGUCCUGCUGGCGAGGCUGCCCUGCGUGUGGCUCACGCUUCCCUCUGGGGCUGUUUGUGAGUGGGCUUUGUUGGUGCCUCUGGGGAAAGUAACUCCCUCUGCAGUGGUGUGGAGAGAGCAAGGGAGCUGCAGAACACCAUGGUGCUGAACAGGCCUUGGUCAGGUCAGCUGAUAGACAGGGUUUAUCAUUUGUUGUAUUUUAAAUCUCUAAGUGGCAGCUGUCCAGAGGGCAGGAGAGCGUUUGAUGGCGACUGUCCCCUGAGGUGGCUGUGCAGGGCAUGCCAGCAGAGCUGUGGAACAAACCAGGCCAGCUGGAGCAGAAAGGAGAAAAGCCUCCAGCCCUCCUCUUGGGAGAGGGCAGGUCCCUCUGAGCCCUGGCAGGAGGGCAGAGUGAGCCCAGCUCGAGCCCAUGGCCACUGGCUAGCCUGGCACGGCCCUGGUGUGGGCAGCAUGCCAUGAAAACAGUUGGUUGUUGCCACUGGUUUCUUCCAGCUCCUGACUUGACAUUUCGGUAGCACCCAGGCUGCUGCUCCGUUGGGCAUGGCUGGAGCUCAGGCAGGCAGCAGGGGUGAGAAGCAGCAGCAGCCCUGGCUGUGCUGUUAGCUGGAGCUCAUGGAGUGCAGCAGGUUGUGCUGGCAGGGGUUGCUCAGCUCUGGUCUGGAGUUCAGCCUCAGCCCUGGUAUCUGCUAGGUGGUGAACCCAACAGCAGCCACAUCUUUUAAUGUAAUGGAGAGAGUAAUUAAAGGAAGAGAGGAUGACCCUGCUCCUGUCUUUGGCCCCAAGAGGGACUCGAGGUGGUACCUGCCAUGUGCAUGCUCUGGCCGAACUACACACCAACUCACAUCACCUUUAUUAAUGCUGGCACUCAACUAAGCAACAGUGCACACAGACUUGUAAAAAGCUUGCAGCAAAGGCACAAGCCACUCUUGGAUCUAAAAAUGUCCCAUGCAAGGAAUAGCAGAGAAUGCUCGAGCCCCAGAGAGCCCCUGCAGAGUGCCUCUGGGGGCAGAGGGACAGCUACAGGAAGGGAGUCUCCUCCUUGUCAGCUGGGUUAGUUGAGGAAGCUGAAAGCAGUGUCCUGGCUCCCAGGUUAGUGGCAGGUGGAGGAAUCCCCUCAUCCCUAGUGCCACGUGCCCAUCCUGCUGGGCCUGGCUGGCGAGGUGGAGGCUGAGGAGCAGGAGGACCUGGCUGUCAGUGGAACUUGUACUUCCUGGCUGGUUUGAGACUGAUGUAGGUUCUCUUCAUCUCCUCACUCUCAGGUUUCUUGAUGUCUUUGUACCUCUCUCCUUUUGUGCUCACCACCUGGUUAUCGAUGUAGCGGAUCAGCUUCUUGGGAGCCUGGAAAGGAAGGGCAUUGGCACCAAGGGGAUGGGCAGCCACCCCAGCUGGGAAAGGGACAACUGGCACGAGACCUGUGCUCCCGAGGGCACCUGCAGCAAGACUGAGGUGACCGGCAGCUUUAUCCAUCCUUUCUCUUGGGAAUCUUGGCCAGAACCGGCAAGGGAGAGUGAUGGGGAGGAGGAAGAGCCAUGCUAGUCAGGAAUGGUAGGAACUGGCAGACCUGCAGCACCUUAGCCAAGCUCAUCUUCGCUCUCCGCUGACUAGUGGGCUCUGGGCAUGGUCCUGCUUGUGGCCUGCCCAGUUGCCUUUUGGACUUGCGGCCUUGUAGCUAAAGGACAGUCAGACUGCAGGGGAGCUGAGGCUGCUGCUCUUACCUCUUUGGGUGGAGCUGGCCGGUGUGUUUUCUGGUCGUCUGCACUGUCCACCAUCAUGUAUCUGAAAGGCAAAAGGCAUUAACAUGCGUUGCCUGGGGCAAGUCAGAGCACGUGUCUCUUCUCCCCUGGCUGGUUUGUGGCUGUGCAGUGUGUCCUACUUGCACAGACUGCAGCUAGGAGCACUUCACAUUCCUCUCUGGCUGAGACAGGCAGGAAGCCUGCCAUCCUUCCUGUUGGAAUCAAGCAGGAUUCUCCUGGAGAAGCACCCCUGUUGCUCCAUAAAACGUACUGCAGACUCGGGCUGCUGAGGAUGCUGCAGCCUCUGCAGAACUGUGAAGGGCCCAGACCUGGUGUGCCCUGCCACCGGGGCAGCUUCACCCUUCUGGCAGCCCAGGGAGACACAGGUGAGAUGACAGGACCAAGCUGGCUGCUGCUGCCCUCAAGAGAUGGUGUUCCUUUCACACUCCACCUACUACUUGACUACAAAACAGAUCUGUGCUGGAAGCAACUUCAGAGAAGCAUGACCUCAUUCCCUAGAUGACUGAAACAUCGGGGCCCAAGCAUUUGCUUGUUGUGCUGCUGAGUUACUGCCCUUGAAUUUGGUGCUGGUUUAGCAGAUGGACAGCACAGCUGACCACGACUUCUCCCUAGGUAGUUAGUAUAGUUGCUCCUGUAUAUCUUCAGCUACUGUGAUCUGCUCUCUGUACCUGUGCUUGAGUGAUGUUUAAAGUACAGGCUGUUGCCAAAGUGUCAUUAAAGUGAAGUUCCCAGAAACAUA